AGAAACUGUGAUCUAGUCACUUCUAAAAAUAUUAAAUAUUCGCUUGUUGAAUAAGCAUUUUCUACAAAGUAGUUUAAUAAAAAUUGGAAUGAUUUAAGUGUAGGAAAUUUCUUUUUACUUUGAACAAAUAAACAUCAAUAAAGUGUGAUUUUAACCAUGUUAUGAUAAAAAUAAAUGUUUCAUUGUUUUCAAUAUAAGAUUUAUUGCUGUUCACAUACCAAUUUAAAGGAUGGAGAAGAUACAUACAUAUGAUGAAGACAAAGUAGAUUUUCAUAACUACGAUGCUUACGUUUCCAAGGUACGAUAUUGUCAUAUGACGUCAAUUACCUCACUCAUUAAGUAUUUUAAAGAGCCACUUAUUGAAGACGAGAAUAUUGAGCUGUUCCUCGCACGUGCUUUCUUCAUAUGGAUGGCUACAAUGCAUGCCAGUCAUAUAAAAGGUUUGCCAGAAGAAAUACAAGUUCUGCUUGAAAUACACCCCGUUUUGUCGUUCAGUUGGCUUUGCAAAUCAGCCAAUAUUCAACAACAGGUCGUUGAAGGUAUAACAAAAUCUUUGGAAUAUGUACCAGGCCACAAAGAGAAUAACGCCGGUAUAAUACGUAAAAGUUGGAAUGUAUUUAGAGCAAAUGGACGCUGGCACAUUGUUGAUGUCGUAAGCGGCAUGUUUACCGCUGUAGGACAUUCAAGAGGAGGUGAAAUACUUUUAGAAAAUGAAGAAGGAAAAACAGUAAUCGAGGAUAGAGAAGGGUCGGCAGGAAUUUGUUUUAUAAAAGUGGAAGACUUUUGGUUUUGCAUUAAUCCAAGUAUAUUCAUCUACCAUUCAUUCCCAGAUUGUAACAAAUGGCAACUUCUUCCAACUGGAAAACGCAUUUGUAAAGAAGAAUUCUUGCGAUUACCAUAUGUAGGAAAAUUCUUUUUCAUAGCUAAACUGCAACUGUUAAAUGAGCAGAGUGGAGUUCUGUUUUCCAAAAACGGCAAGUGUACAGUUUCAUUUCGUGCGAGCAAACAUGAUUCAAGAUGCAUAUCAAUGAUUUACAGGCUUUCUCUAAGGAAAGGUACAGCUGAUUUAAAUAAGAUCAAUGCCCAAGAUUUACCUCUGUUGGUCGUUUAUUCACCUGUUUUCGACACGUUUUCCUUUAACAUUCGGUUUCCAGUGGCAGGGGAAUAUAUCUUUGAAACGUUUGUCUCUACUCAUAAUACUAGUACAGAUGAAGAUUUUUAUUAUAUGUGUGCGAUCUUUAAAAUUGUAUGCUUGGAACCAGAUCCUUAUUGCAAAAAACUUCCAUUGGACGUAGGUACUACUGGAUAUGGAUUUGGAUACAUGGCCGCUGACUUUGGUCUUAAAAAUCCAUCUACAUAUUUGCCAAACGUUCCAAUUGAAUGCACUCAGAAGGGUGGGGAUGUAUCUGAACUUACAUUUCAAAUAGACAGUGAUAAAGUUGAUGAAGUUGAAUUUUACUCGGAGAUUGUCGGAGAGAAUUCAAAGAUAAAUACAGUGACACAUACACGUGUAGACGAGGUUCAUGGUAGGCUUCAUGUGACAGCCGGGGUAAAGAAGGAAGGGGAGUACGCCUUGUCAAUAAAAGCUAGGAAUAAACAAACAGAUGAAGAUUUUUCAGGAAUUGCAAACUAUCUACUGAGUACAAAUUUAACAGGGGAAGAGAAGAACAUGGAGUCGAAGAUAAACAAAAGGAAGAAAGAGUUGACGUAUCAUUCUAAAAUGCAAGAACGCCAUGAAAGGAAAAGUGUCAUCACAGCAAAGAUAAAGGAAAUAGAACUUGAGAUAGAGAACUUUGAAAAUUUACGUGUGGACCAAAUAAAUACCAAAGGAGGUGAUCAAAGAUCAAAUGCCUGCGUCCUUCUGUAAAUCUUUAUCACGCUGAAAUCUGAAAAGCCAACAUACAAAGUAUUUUUGCGGUAUCUGGUGCAUAAUAAGCCGGUCGCCCAGAAUACAUACUUAAUGUAUUACAAUGACAAUAAUGACAAUGAGCAGGGUCUUUCAAAUAGAAGACAACCAAUGCGUCUCCAGACCAUUCUAUUUGAAAGAAAGACCCAGCAAUAAGUUAUGAUAAAAGUGCAUUGGUUUACAAUAGGCACACAUAUCCAUGAGUAUGUUAUUGUCAUUUGAAUGUUCUUAUAUUUCUUUGACAAAUGUUGAAAGAGUUCAUAGUGACUUGGUAUGAACAUUUUUAAGUUGAAUAAUAAUGUUUUGUUCUAUAACAAUGAAUGUAUUAUCGGCUCAGUUUUUGGAUGGAUGUGUAAUAUCUCUCACUCAUAUCUCCCAACAGCAUCCAUAUAUCAUUAUUUCGUGGUUAUAAAAGAUCUUCCAUUAUCGACCAAUUCACUUCAAAAUGAACAAUAUGUAAGUCUACACCAUCCAUUAACUUUGCAAUGGGUCACACAUAGAAAAUGUACGUCGUAUAUCACUGUAAUUGGGUGUUUUCAAUAACUGUGCACGUCUGAGUAGUAAAAUACUUCGUUUAUUUUUUCCUAUUUUCUACAAAGUAUUACAUGUAUUAUCAUAUAUAAUGUAUUAGACUUUCCAAUGUAUCAUUUUUUGAGAUUUGAUUUUGAAGAAAUAACAUUUUUUUCAUCCCUCUUAAUUUCUAUCAAGUUUCUUUUCGUAUUUAUUCAAUUUCAUGAAAUUUACAAUAUUUAUAUUUCAAGCACUCAUUAUAAGCCGUGAACAACGAUUGUUCACCUUUAUCAUUUUCUAUGUAAUUCAUUUAUGUUUUGUGACAUACAAAGAGUUUUAUGUCUUUACUAAUCUUUAUCUACACAAAGCGUACAUAUUUUAGUUACUGCGUUGACGAAAGAGAUUUUGCUUGAUAUAAACAAUGGAUCCGAAAACAGUUUUAUAAAUAAGAAUGCUGUAUUGAACUCUUUUUUUUGUCCUUCCAAUUUACGUAACGAGGUUUCUUAAUUCUUAACGUAUACUAACACAUGUAUACAAUUUAUGUAUGUUUCAAUUUUGCU